UCGCUGCGCUCGCCUUUCUCUCGGCGGUGGGUCGGAGCCGCUGUCCUGCUGGCCUCGCAUGUUCCCCAACAAAUCCCUGUUUUCAUUUCGAUGCCCCUGGUAGAUCCACCGCCGCCACACACACCAGACGCCGUGCUUCAUUAGUACUCAUCGUUGCUGCACUCUAACGCCCCCCCCCAAACAUGUCGGUGGUGAGCGGCUCGUCCGGGCCGGUGGUGGCGCGGCUCGAGGGCCGUGAAUUCGAAUACAUGAUGAAGAAGCGUUCGGUGACCGUCGGCCGGAACUCGUCCCAGGGCUCUGUAGACGUCAGCAUGGGCCACUCCAGCUUCAUCUCCCGCCGGCACCUGGAGAUAUUCACCGCCAGCGACGACGGCUGCGGCAGCGGGGAGUUCUACCUGCGGUGUCUGGGUAAAAACGGGGUGUUUGUGGACGGAGUCUUCCUCAGGCGCGGCGCCCCUCCUCUGCAGCUACCGCGAAUGUGCACUUUUAGGUUCCCCAGCACAAACAUCAAAAUCAGCUUCACGGCUCUGUCCAGCGGCAAGAAGGUGAAGCGUGAAGCCCCAGAGUCGCCGGUGAAAGCAGUCCAGCCCCAGAUCUCCCCGCUCACCAUCAACAUUCCAGAGAACAUUGCCCACCUCAUGAGCCCCCUGCCUUCGCCCACUGGCACCAUCAGUGCUGCUAACUCCUGUCCGUCCAGCCCACGUGGCGCCGGCUCGUCGGGCUACAGGAUGGGAGGUCGGAUGAUGAGUUCAGCCGAGCUGCAGCUCAUCAACGACAACUCCCAGCCAGAGAACGACAAAGAGGCGUCAGGAGGCGACAGUCCCAAGGAUGACUCCAAACCCCCGUAUUCGUACGCCCAGCUGAUCGUCCAGGCCAUCACUCUGGCUCCAGACAAGCAGCUCACCCUCAAUGGCAUCUACAACCACAUCACCAAGAACUACCCGUACUACAGGACCGCCGACAAGGGCUGGCAGAACUCCAUCCGCCACAACCUGUCGUUGAACCGCUACUUCAUCAAGGUGGCGCGGUCGCAGGAGGAGCCCGGCAAAGGUUCCUUCUGGAGGAUAGACCCGUCCUCGGAGGGCAAGCUCAUCGAGCAGGCCUUCAGGAAACGACGGCCGCGGGGCGUCCCGUGCUUCCGGACCCCGCACGGACCGCUCUCCUCCAGGAGUGCUCCGGCCUCUCCUAACCACUCGGGGGUGCUCUCGGCUCACUCCAGCGGCGUCCAGACCCCUGACAGUCUCUCAAGGGAAGGAUCCCCAGUGCCCAUGGAGCUGGAGACCUCCUCCGCCCCCACCGUGGUGACCACCAGCGCCACCGUGCAGCCCAAGCUAGCGGUCAUCCAAGAAGCUCGCUUUGCACAGAACACACAAGGUUCCCCCGUGAACAACCAGCCUGUUCUAAUCGCAGUCCAGCGCCACCAGACCAUCAAGCCGGUCACCUACACCAUGGCGUCCCCGGUCAGCACCAGCGCCCCCCAACCUGCUGUCCAGACAGUCCACGUCCUCCAGCAGAUCCCGGCCUCGUCCCUGAGCCCUGCUGCGGUCAUCGCCCAGCCUGCCACCAUCAUCAAGAGCGACCCGCAGGAGAACGGCGAGCUCGCAGAGGUCAAAGUCAAGGUGGAGACGGUUCCCACCAUCACCACGAUAGGGGGCUCCAGUCGUAUCAUUCAGACCACCCAGUCGAUGGCGCCGCUCCAGACCGUCACCAUCGUGGGUCAGCACCAGCUGCCCAUCAAGGCCAUCACACAGAAUGGAACCCACGGAGUCACCACUGCCCUGCAGACCGCCAGCGCAGCUCCGGCGGCAGCAAGCCCACUCCACCUGCUGGCAGCUCACGCCUCCGUGUCGGCCUCGCUCCCCACCAAACGUCAGAACGGUGAUCAGGCCGGACCGCCAGAGUGCAAGCGUGUGAAAUCGGAGGACGAGGCAGCGGCGACGACCCUGACCCCCGCCCCAGAUGCAGACUCGUCGGCAGCUAACGACCACAACUAGUCCGAGCAGCUCCACCACCGCUACCUUCCUCCUCUCCUACCCCCCCCUCCUCCUCCUCUCCUCCAUCGUUACUUUUUUUCACCUUCUGACCCCUGAGGUGCCAAACGGAGCUCGAUCUCAGUUCUUCAGCAUCAGAAUUAAUGAUGACCGACCUCCGACCCCUCUUCAGACUGAGCGCAGCCCAUUGGGCGCCCCCUCUCUGCUGCCAGCUGCUCGAGCGACCUAACCACAGCAAGCCUUAACUCAGUAAUAAGAGCUGACCUUUGACCUCACGUGGCACAGCAGGGAGGGGAGGGGCUCCUCGUCAGCUCGGGCUUCUACCUCAGAGCAGAUCGGAGACGCCGCCGUCUUCGCCCGAAAAUGACCAACCGGAGGAGAGAAAGCGGAGCGCGUGAAUAUUCAUGAACUCAGGCAGCUAGCCGCUCAACCAUCCCCACCCUCCUUUCAUCGCCGUAGACAUGCAGUAUUUUGUCGCGGAGCAUCGGAGCUGUUUGUUCUCCUUGUUUUGGAUGAUUUUUUCAAUAAUGUAACAACCACGGGGUGAGGUCGGCGACCUUUCGUACUCAUUUGAGCCACUUUGUUUUUUUAGCCAUGGACUCCCUGCCCUGGUGACGCUCGUUCAACUGCCCCUCGUUGGUGACAUAUCCACAUGAAAUGGCUUGGUUACAUAUUUUUAAAGUACUUGAACAAAUAUUCAAGGUCUCGUGUAGUUCCAGAUGUUGCAUGUGUCCGAGCGCAGAAGAAGUCGACGAAGAAAAAAAACAACAAAAAAACCUGCACUUGAUUUAAUUGACUCGGUUCUCUUUCCACUUCUGUUCUGUAUGAUUUUGAAUGGAUCCACGCUCCUCCUCGGCUGUGUUGUGGUGUUGACAGACUCCCCGGCCCCCGCCUCACCUCCCACCCGCGUCUCCCCCGACGCCACCCUUUGCUCCCACCUCGCUUCAUCACCUGACACUGUUUGGUUCUGGCCACCCGGCGAGUCUUCUCUGAUUGUACACGUUCCAAAAAAAAAAAAACAA